UGUGAUUUUAACACCGGACUGAGCUACUUCCGGGAGAGAAUGGGCGGGAUGAAAAAUCUGUGCCUAUGGCGGGUUUCGUUUUCUUGCUAAACAUUUCAUCCUUCAGCAGUCAACCGAGCCAGAAGCGUGAGGAGGCUGGGACAUCUCCGCUGUCGGAGCAAACCGUUCCAAGGUCCCCAAUGGCCACAGCUGUGAAUUUUAAAACUUAUGUAGAUCAGGCAUGUAGAGCUGCUGAAGAAUUUGUCAAUAUUUACUAUGAGACAAUGGAUAAAAGAAGACAUGCACUUACUAGGCUGUAUUUGGACAAGGCCACUCUGAUCUGGAACGGAAAUGUUGUAACAGGUGUGGAAGCCCUUGCUGAUUUUUUUGAGAUGCUACCUUCGAGCGAAUUCCAGAUCAAUAUGUUAGAUUGCCAACCAGUUCAUGAGAAAGCUACCCAGUCCCAGACUACAGUUCUUGUUGUGACCAGUGGGGCUGUGAAGUUUGAUGGAAACCAGCAGCACCUCUUCAACCAAAACUUCCUGCUGACCGCGCAGAGCACUCCUAACAGCAUUGUGUGGAAGAUCGCAAGUGAUUGCUUCCGCUUUCAGGAUUGGGCUAGUAUUUAAAGGAGCAAAAGCCCAUUCUAGUGGUCCAUUAGUUCCAGCAAGAGAAGUUGAAUGUGAAUUAAUAUGUUUCAUUGCAAAGUGUACUAUAAAGUAGUAUGUGCUAAAACUAAAUGUAUGUAAUAUUUUUUUAUUCCUAGCAGCACCUUUGCUAGACCAGCUGCCAGUUUGGAUUAUUGCCCUUAAGAGCUUUAAAGAUAGUUUUUUACCCGCCUUAUGCAUACGUUCUGCUACUGUCAUUCUCAAGGUAAUAUUAAACAUGAUCUAGGUACGAAAAUGCUCACUGUGAACCCAAUCUAUUGCACAAAUGGAAUCCUUUUGUAAUACUGUCUACGAGAUAGCACAACAAAGCUCUGUAGGAGGAAGUUAUUAGGAUAAUGUUUUUCAAUGAAGCACAUGCCUAUUUACGAUUAACACUGGCAAUGCAGUUUUAAUAUAUAAGUAUAGAUUUUGAAGUUAGUUCAACUUAGUUUUACAAUAGUGUUCUGAUGUAUUUGAAUUACAUGUACGUGUUUUAUGGUGCAUAUUGUCUUCUUAGAGUGACAUGUUUCCUUUUGAAUAAGGUCAUCAAAUAGAUGGGCAAAAAAUGUUCUUGGUUGAUACUUGAGUAUUGGGUGCAUUUAGUGGCAGUAACAAGUUUGAAACAUUCUUGACAGCUUCAAUUCACUAUAUUUAUGUGGUAAAUGGUAGUGAAAAUAAAAACUUUAGUGUGGAAUAUGGAGUGAAAAUGUAGAAAUCUAAGACUGAACCCAAAAAUGAGAGAGGUAAUCAAAUGGUCAAGUCAGUACUUGGUUUCCACCUCCUGCAAGUAUAACUUAGCUUUAGAAUUUGCAUCCUAGAGUCCCUAGGAAUUCUUGCCAAAUGUUCCUAAAUUUGCUUUUAUUCUAAGAAUUGGAUUUUUAGAUCUUUUUACUUCCCUUCAUACUUCUUUCCAGUAUUUAUCCUAAUUUAUUCAAGAGCUUAAGAGUAUGAGAUCAGCAGUAACUGCUGUCUCUGGACACCCUAAACUCCUUAAGUCUUCCAUAUCAACUUUUUUGCCCAAAGACUCCUGUGUAUUACCCACCAACCACAUGAAGUAUUUUCCCUUCUGGUUUGUGUACUGUCAACUGUAUUACCUAUUAUUUAAAAUUAAGUCUUUAAACUUAUUAUUUGUUUUUGUGUGGCACUGGUUAAAAAAAUAUUAAAACAUUUCUGCCUAUAGUUAAAAAAAAACAACCAGAAAACAGAGAAAAAUGUCUUCAUGAUAAACUUCAAAGGAAGAAUCUCAUCAACUUUAUGUCUUAGCUUCUGAAGACAGAAAAUAUAGCUUUUUAGGUUUUAGUUAAACUUUAAAACUCUUCACAAUUUUUAAAUAUUUAAGAUGAAUAUGCUAGUACAAUGAAAAUUAAAUUUUUAUCACUCAAUUUUAAAGCUAGUAAUUCACUUUGGCCCAAAAAUACACAUGGUACUAGUAACUAAUGUAUUAUUAAAGUUAAAUGAAAUAUGGGGGGAUGGAACUGAUAUUUAAAAGCAUGGCUUAUUUCAGUGUUUAUCAAAACUUAACAUUCUAGUCUAUUCAGAGUGCUCUUACUCUUAUUUUGAGUAUUUAUUGAGUACUUAUUUUUUUCUUGACUACAUCCUCAGCAGAAACAAUUAAAAUGCCCAAGUACUGAUCUUUUUAUUGGUGGAGAACAAUCUCAAAAAAUGUGUAUAAUUAGCAAUAACAGAACUGAACUGUUAUGAAUUACUAAAUCCAUACUCUAUAACUCCAUAAUCUGUAUGACUUUUAAAUGGCUGGAACUACUCAUAUAUGGACUAAAGUGUAUUUUUGACAUGUUCAUAUUUUUAUAACUUGAAAAAUAGAAUAAAAAUU